AGGUAGAACAUGAACACAACCAUAUAAGUGCAGGAUCAAAUCAAUUUGAUUGAAAGGGCAAGACACAGUUACAACAUGGCCAACGGUCGCAAUUUGAAGAACGCUGUGAUAGCAUUCUUGGUUCCUCUUCCCUCCAUCUUCUUCUACCUCUCAUUCCUCAACAACUACGACUCAUCAAAUUCCCCAUCAUCGUUUUGGUCAACCUUAUGGUCAUGGUGCUAUCACCACCCUCUUCUUUUAGCCAACGCUCUCUUCUUCCUCAACGUCAAUGUCCUCUUCUGGCUCAUAGGCCUAAUCCAAUCCAGCCACUGGAUGAUCGACCCCUAUUGGACUGUGAUACCUGUGAUGCUUGUUCACUACUAUGCGACUCACCCUUUGGCUCACUGUGAUUGGUGGAGGUCCAGGAUCGUGAUUUUGUUGACUUGGGUUUGGAGUGUUAGGCUCACUCACAACUACUUCAGGAGAGAGAGGUGGCAAUGGGGUGCCAGGGAGGAUUGGCGCUUCUCUGAGAUGAGUCAGCAGUAUGGAAGGCAAUGGUGGUGGAUUUCAUUCUUUGCUGUCUAUGUCUCCCAACAGAUGUUUUUGAUUGCAUUGUCUCUUCCCUUGUAUGCUGUCCAUACUGUCAAUCAGCCUUGGAACAUAUGGGACUUAGUGGCUACUGUUGUCUGUUUGUGUGGCAUUGUGAUAGCAUACUUUGCUGAUACACAGCUGUAUGAGUUUGUGAGUAGAAACAACAAGCUGAAGGAACUUGGUAAACCUGUGAUUCCUGUCCUUGACAGUGGCCUGUGGCAUUACUGCCGGCAUCCGAAUUACUUUGGUGAGCAGCUGUGGUGGUGGGGGCUAGUUGUGUUUGCAUGGAGCCUGGGACUUGGGUGGACCUUUAUUGGAGCUUUGGUUAAUACUAUGUGUUUGGCCUAUGUGACUAGGCUUGUGGAGGACCGAAUGUUGAAACAAAAAAGUAGAGAAGAAGCAUUUAGGGUUUAUCAGAGGACAACUUCUGUGUGGGUACCUUGGUUCAAAUCCUCUGCUUCAGGAGUUAAAAAUAAGAAUGCUUGAUGCUAUUCUUGGUUGAUUUUGUAAAAUUGUCAUCUUGGUAUCUUAUCAAGUUUGCACUGUUCUUAUUAUUAAAUGAAAUCAUGAAUUGUAUGUGUUCUAUAUAUGUAGUUUGCUGUAAUGUUGUAUAAAAUCUUAAUGCAUCUUCUACAUUUCGAGUUAUACUUCUUGAA